GCAUAAGACCCAUUUCGCAGGCUCCGCUAUCAAACUGACUUCCCGCCAAAAUUAAAAUUAGUUAUGGAGUUGGUUGUAUUUUACACGCACUAGACAUAAACCAUUUUUAAGCUACUCUGUAUCAGAACCAGAGCAGCAAUGGCGGCGAGAGCUUCAUUACUGCAACUUAUAAUUCUCUCUCUCACGAUUCUUUCUCUCUUCUCUCUCUCCGCAUCUCUCCCGACCGAAUCGAUUCUCAACGCCGUCGAGACACUCUCAAAUGCCGGCUAUGUGGUGAUGUCUCUCACUCUCCAAGUCUCCUCCGAGGCCGUUUUAACAUCUCAGUGCCGUUCCGCCACCGUGUUCGCACCGCCGGACUACAGCUUUUCGCGGUCUGGCCAGCCUUCGCUGUCUCUUCUCCGGUAUCAUUUCUCUCCUCUCGCUUUAUCGGUUGAUAGUCUCAAAUCUCUCCCGUACGGCACUAAAAUUCCGACUUUAUCUGCCGGAAAAUCACUCACCGUCACUUCCUUCGCAUCCGAUGAUCGGAUCUCGCUGAACGAUGUGAAGCUCAGUCGGUGGCCUAUUUACGACGACGGCUCGUUAGUGAUUUUCGGAAUUGAGAGUUUUCUUAAUCCGGAAUUUACUAGUACUAUUCAAAUUCGAAACCCUAGCUUUGAUGUGGGCUGUGUGGUGGUGAAUGAUUAUCCAAAUACCUUGUCGAAAGGCUUUAUGUUUGGGGAGGCUUCGGAGACGCUGAGAGCUAGAGGCUAUUCGGUGAUGGCAGCGUUUCUAGAUUUGCAAUUGCUAGGGUUUAUUGGUCAACCUAAGUUGACUGUUUUCGCUCCAGUAGAUGAAGUGAUGGUUAAUAGAGCUGGUGAUAUACCGGAUUACCCUUCUUUGUUUUUGAGGCAUGUUGUUCCAUGUAAGCUGUCUUGGAUUGAUAUGGUGAAUGUGAAUCAGGGAACGGAGUUACAGACUUACUUAGAGGGAUUUGGUAUGAAUGUGACAAGAUCUAGUGACCUUUUUAUGGUGAAUGGAGUUCAAAUUACGUUUCCGGAUAUGUAUUACAGUGAUUGGCUUGUUGUUCAUGGUCUUCCUGAGAUACUUCCUGUACCAAGUACUCCAGAGCAUGAGGGAAGUGAUCCGGAUGAUAAUAAAACCGAUGACAAGUUUCCUAAGGCUUCGAUUGCGACUAGCAAACCAAAAUCAUGAUUUGUUUGGUGAGAAGUUUGUUUGUAGUUUGUGAAUGUAAUCUUGUAUGGUUGGGCUAUAGUUGCUUUCUUCACUAAAAUUCUAUGAUAUGUGAAAAUUUGCGACAGUA